UUUCAAAACGCUGCUCCUCCCUCUUUUUCUCUCUCUCUCUCCUCCUCCUUAAAGAUAAAACUCAAACUCUAGAGAGAGAGAGAAAGUUCAUCUUGGCAGAGGUUCUAGAGAGAUAAAGUAAAAAAAAAAAUGUUAGCGAAGGAGGUGGUGUACGUAGGAUGGGAGGAGGUGUAUGUUUGUAGCGAAAAAGGAAGGAGAGAAAUUCACUAUGUAUUGAAGAGAAAAGAUGGUGGUUCUGAUCUUGCUGUUAUUGCUAAAGAAAAGAGUUUAAGACAUAUGACUUAUCGUUUUUUGCUUGAUUAUUCUUCUCUUCUUAAACCUAAAUCUAAACGUGAGGUCGUUGAUUGGUUGAACUCCUUCACUCCAGAUUCACCUACACCCAUCUCCCCCCAAUUUAGUGGUGGAUCUACUGAUGGAAGUGAACCUGAUGAGUUAGAUAUUGAAACAAUGAAGGUCAACCAACAACUGAAGUUAGGUCAUCAUACAAGAGAGUUUCUAUGGCUAGGCUCCCAAUGGACAUGCAAAAAGAGGCGGAAGCAUUACAAAGCUUUUCGUCGUAAUGGAGUUAAAAUCUCGGUUAAUCAGUUUGUACAUGUGUUGGCUGAGGAGAACAAAAGGCUUAUUGCUUACUUGGAUGAUAUGUAUGAAGAUGCGAAAGGCAACAAGAUGGUUGUGGUACGGUGGUUUCAUAAAAUUGAUGAGGUUGGUAUUGCUUUGCCUCACAAUUUUAAUGACAGAGAGAUUUUAUUUUCUCUUUGCCUUCAAGAUCUCAGCGUUGAAUGUAUAGAUGGAUUUGCCAUGGUUCUGAGCCCCCAUCAUUAUGCCAAGUUUGCAUCCGAAGCCAAACACACUCUGCUGCAACCUUAUGUGUGCUGUCAGCAGUAUGACAAUGACGAUCUUAAGCCUCUGGACAUAACUGAAGUGAAAGGUUACUGGAAACAGGAUGUUGUCAGAUACAUGUUUUCUCUUCACUCAGCAAGGUCUUUGGAGACAACAGCUCUGCCCGAUGCUUCUUGGAAAAGGGAAGACAUCAGUGCUUUUAACGGGAGUAAGCCGAGAAAGAGACUGCGUUUAUCUAGAGACUCAAAAGUGGAUUUGCAAUGUGCUACAGUAAGAGGUGCCUUGGAUACUGUUGAUGUAAUUGGUCAAACCAAAGCUGGCUUAGCACAAGGUUCUGAUGUCGCUGGAUUUAGGAAAGGACAUGUGGGUACUGUAGCUCAACACAUGGUUUUGGGCUCAGCAGUUGAGGUUUUGUCACAGGAUAGUGGGAUGAGAGGCUGUUGGUUUAGAGCAACUAUUAUCAAGAAGCGCAAUAACAAAGUCAAGCUGCGCUAUUAUGACAUUAAAGAUGCAGAGAAUGAAGCUAAUUGUCUUGAGGAAUGGGUCUUAGCAUCAAGAAUUGCUGAUCAUGAUGAGACAGGCCUUCGACUUGAUGGUAGAACAGCUAUUCGGCCAUUUGUAACACAUGACUCCAAAGUCUCAUCUGCUGUCAGUGCUGGUACCAUUGUUGAUGCGUGGUGGCAUGAUGGUUGGUGGGAGGGUAUAGUUAUUCAGACAGAAUCUAACGAGAAACUCCAAGUAUAUUUCCCAGGUGAAAAGCGAGAAGCUGCUUUCUCUUUCUGUAAUUUAAGACAUUCCCGAGAGUGGGUUGGGGGCACUUGGAAAGAACUAAGAGAACGGGGAGAUGUUGCAGCAUCCAUGUUGUCUGAGUUUGUGAAAGAGGGAAGAUGUAGAAAUGAUGGUAGAGACAAUCAUUUGCAAACUCUUGUUGACGUUCAUCUUGAGUGUGAUAUGGGAAAAGAUUAUUCUUGUGGGGCUAAAGAAUGUUCUAGUGAUAUGCAUAUAGAUAAAGCAUUCAAGAAGGCAAAUGAUUCAGCAUUAAUUGAUCUCUCCAAAGAUGACUUCCUUUCACAGUUAAAAUGGAAGCCUUCAUGUAAAAGGAGGCGUAGUAGUGGGUUUGUCGUUCAGAAGCUGCAGCGUCGUAGGAGCUAUGGGAUCAACUCUGAAACAACAGUGUCUCAUGAAAACCAUCAAAAGUUCCUAAUUCGUUCCACGUUGAAAGUUGAGAGGGGGCGUCACAAGUCUGCUAAGGUUGAUCAUGACAACUGCAAGUUCAUAACUGACUCUCUUUUCAGCCCAUCUGUAGUGUCGCCUUUAACCAGUCUGGUUAUGUCCAGAUGAUAGGUUCCUUGCUAAGCUUGGGAAGCAUAAUAUGGGCGAUUAGGUCAUAACUUUUUUUCUUUGGCGUGCAUCCUCGUGCAGUAUUGCACCAUUAUGAUGCUCUCCUUGACUACAAAAGUGACAGGGAAGCGGGCUGUCAUCCCAGAAGAUGAUGCAGUGACCGAGUUUUCUCUCCACCUUGUAUUAACUCUUAUAACAAGGCCCCACUGGUGUGAAUGGGCUGGAACUGAUGGGCAGCAGGUUUUGAGUAAGAUUUAGAAUAACAGAUACUGGUUUAGGUUGGUAGGAUGUUAGAUUUAUUAUUUCUUGCCCUCUUUCCCUCUGAUUGUUUAAGCAGUCUUCAUCCUCUGGAGACUGAUCUUUUUUUUAGUUUAUUUAUUUUGCUUAGGUUUCUUGUAGUUUCUGUAUAUCAGUGUAGCAAUAAAGAUCACAUCACUUCUUGUAUCAAUAUGUAUUGCCCUCUCCGAAAUGAUGGAAUGAUGGCAUUUGUUUGUUGGCGCAAUGUAAUUUGCUGUUGUCAUUUUUGUUGGCCUUGUUCGCUGUUGUAUAUAUUAUUAUGAUGGUUUGUCCAUAGUA